AUGAUAAUACCCGAAGGAUUAAAUUCUAAAAAAUCGAUCAAGUUAAAAUCAAGGAAUAAACAAAAGAAAGAAGAAGCUCAACGAUUAAAAUUAAAUUCGAUAACGGAUCUAUUCAACAACUUUUAUUUUCAUCAAUAUGGUAAAGAACGUUGGCCAAAUUUAUUAAGUUCGUUAAAGGGUCCUUCAAAGUCUUGCGCAAUGAUAAAUAAAUUCGCUUCAAAUGUGAGCAUAUCUGAAUUCAUUCAUGAUUCAAAGUCAAGUAACAAUUCGGAUAUGAUGAAGGUUGAUUAUUUAGAUGUGGAAUGUUACGUUAGUGAUUCAAAAUUUCCUAAACCAAAAAAAGAUGAACACAAUAUAUUAAAUGUGUAUCAUCUCGAUCUGGCCUCUAUAAUGGUUACCAAGGCUUUAGACGUUCAACCUGGUGAUAUUGUUCUGGACUUGUGUGCUGCGCCUGGUGGGAAAUCAUUGGCCAUUUUACAACAUCUUCUGAAUAUUGUUGAUCAAAGGGAAGGUGAAAAUGAAGGAAGAUCGACUCGAGGAAUGUUGAUCGCUAAUGAAAUCAAUAAUAAGAGAUUUCAUAGACUUUUGCAAGUAAUUAAAUCUUACAUCCCUUUUAAAUAUCAUCAAGAUCAUAUCAAAUUGGUAAAGAAUUCUCCUACUCUGAAUUAUAGCUAUGAUAAAAUCUUAGUAGACGUUCCAUGCUCUUCAGAACGGCAUUUAAUCACCGAUCAAAAUGAAUUGUCAAAGUGGAAAGAAUCCAGGUCCAAAAUUUUUUCGAUAAAACAAUACAACAUAUUAUUAGAUGCUGUUAAGGCCCUUAGGAUUAAUGCUGGGUGGAAUUACAAGUGGUUAAAAGAAACAAUGGAUGGGAAAUCGGUGAAGAAACUGAAUUUGGAUGGAUCGUUUUGCCAGAUAAAUGUGAUGGUUAUGGCCCAAUGUAUUUUACAAUUUUGA